AUGUACUCCCAGCCGGCCAGAUUGCCAGCUCAGACGCUGCCUAUCAACAGUCAGUACAUGGCGCCUACGUAUGACUUUGCGACCUACCAUCACAUGCCGGGAGUCUCAGAUCCACCUGGAAGCGCUUGGAAUCCCGUUUACCGCGAGGAUUAUUCCUUCAGCUUCCCGGGUUCAAGCCCUAGCACAGGGCAAGUGAACUUCAACUCAACAGAGCUGGGUAGCAUGCCCACCGCCCCGGGAGGAGGAGGCCUCAACCCCUACAACCUUUUCCCAGGUCAGGACCCCUUUGGCCCCCGGAGGAGACCCCAAGAGCCCACAAAGCUGAACGCACCGGCAGCAGGAAAGACUCGCACAAAGGAGAAAUACAGAGUUGUCUACACGGACCACCAGCGGCAGGAGCUGGAGAAUGAAUUUCAAUUCAACCGCUACAUUACAAUGAGGCGCAAAUCUGAGCUGUCCUUGGCAUUGAACCUCUCCGAAAGACAGGUGAAGAUCUGGUUUCAGAAUAGACGUGCUAAAGAGAGGAAAAUAAACAAGAAGAAGCUGCAAGAUUCCCAGCAGCCCUCCACAUCCACAUCCACCCCACCUGUGCCCACUGGAUCCACUGAGAGCCACAAUGCAACAAGCCCGGGCAGCAAUAUUCUGUCCAAUGCCAUGUCAGAAGAAUACAAGAUUGAGUUCAUGUGA